CGUCACAGAGGAUUUAGGCUGCUAGCGCCAUGCAAGUUGUGAUUGAGUGAAAGAUGUCGGCUUGUAAAGGUAGAACAGUUCUUCACACUCGCUUUAAAACUAUGUGGAGUAAAGAAAUAUGCAGCUUUAUCCUCUGACACGGAGAUAUGGUCAUGGCCGACCGAGCCAAGGGGCAGAUCCGGGUAGGAUUUUACGAUAUCGAACGCACGAUCGGAAAAGGCAAUUUCGCUGUUGUAAAACUAGCGAAACACCGAAUCACCAAAACUGAGGUGGCCAUUAAGAUUAUUGAUAAGACCCAGCUGGAUGAGGCAAACUUGAAGAAGGUCUACCGUGAAGUUCAGAUCAUGAAACUCCUGUCACAUCCCCACAUCAUCAAGCUCUACCAGGUGAUGGAGACUAAGAACAUGCUGUAUUUGGUGUCGGAGUACGCACCCAAUGGGGAGAUUUUUGAUUACAUCGCCCAACAUGGUAGAAUGGCCGAACCUGAAGCACGGACCAAAUUUUGGCAAAUCAUCUCAGCUGUGGAGUACUGUCAUAAUAGGAGGAUUGUACACAGAGACCUGAAGGCAGAAAACCUACUUUUAGAUGGCAACAUGAACAUCAAGAUUGCAGACUUUGGUUUUGGCAACUUUUUCAAGGCGGGCGAGCAGCUGGCGACCUGGUGUGGGAGUCCCCCUUAUGCCGCCCCGGAGGUGUUCGAGGGCAAGAAGUACCUCGGACCUCAAAUAGACAUCUGGAGUCUGGGAGUUGUGCUAUAUGUACUGGUCUGUGGAGCUCUACCUUUUGAUGGGCCAAACCUGCAAACAUUGCGUGAUCGUGUGUUGUCUGGUCGGUUCCGAAUCCCUUUCUUCAUGUCAACAGAAUGUGAGCAUUUAAUCCGACGGAUGUUGGUGCUUGACCCGAGCAAACGCUUCACAAUGGAACAUAUCAAGAACCACAGAUGGAUGCAACUGGACGGCGGUCAGCCCAAGCAACCGCCUCCAAGUCCCAUCAUCGGCUACAACGCCAAGGUCGGGGAGUUCAAUGAGCAGAUCCUCCGAAUCAUGCAAAGUCUCGGCAUCGACCAGAAGAAGACGAUGGAGGCUCUGCGCAAUGAUUCUUACGAUCACUACACGGCAAUCUACUAUCUUCUACUUGAUCGACUGAGACAUCAUCGCAGCAGUUACCCAACCGAGAACCGAGUCGAUGCCCGCCGCCGACGCCCAAGCACGAUAGCAGAACAAGCCAUGAUGAGGAGUAAGCCCCCCCCAGGGAGCAUGCAUCGUCCGUCACUGGGUAGUGUGAAGCAAGGAGUGUUCAGUAGGACCACCGACUGUGCCAGUCCGCCGGUUCAACCCCCUCAGUUAUUGGCUGUUGUGAAACAUCCGACCUUAGACUUUGACCUUGUUCCGCCUACUGGCAUCCCUCACUGUUUACACGAUAUCCUUCCUCCGCCCUUCUUGAAAACAAUGCAAUCCGUGGCGGGUCAUGUGAUCACGACGUCUAUUGACGAAGGCGUUGAGGUGGACAUUUUAGAUAGAGACUCACAGAGUGACUUACAUCAUCGACAAUCCGUGGACGGGAACGUGAUGGCCCCGGCGCUCGUGCCCAGCUGCAUGUAUGGAGAUAUAAGCAAUUUACUCAGCAAUAACAGUAGCACGUCUCUCAACGCGGCAGGAUCGUUACAGUCUCCCUUCGCAAGUUUUGAUUCCUCCUUAGAGGCCGAUGUCAAUUCUAGUCUCACGUCCUGUGUUCAGAGUAGUUUCAGUUCAUGUGCGUACAAUGCAUCCAUCCCUGUGUAUUCUAGUGGAAGUAACUGUAGUAAUGGUGGCCAUGGUAACCCGAGUCUGCUGCAGGUGGGCACUCGGUGUAACAGUCCGUCGUCCACGAGCGUGGCGUCGAAUCCCGGUGAUACAAACAUAAACACGCAAGGGGCUGAUGAGCCUACUCAAGAUCGGAGUCAGACCCGAUCACCUGUGAAUUUCAGAGAAGGGAGGCGAGCGUCUGAUGGACUCGUAGCGCAGGGAAUAAUAGCAUUCCGACAGCGUUUGCGAGAAAGUAUGCGAGCGAAAGGUAUGGUUGAGCUGCGGCAGGAACAUCAGCAGCUCCAGAACAUGUUUCAGCAACAAAUCCCGGUGCCUCCCCAUCCCCAUUCCUUGCCCCACCGCAAGCUGUCGGCUCCCCACCACCCGUCCUUCAGACAAUGGUCGCUUGAUGAGCAGCCCGUGCAUCCUCCAAGAAGACGUCCCCUGAUGAAGCGGAUGAGUUUGCCGUCGGAGAGCUUCGACAUCCAGCCUCAUCGCCUCCUGGCACUCAAGCAGUCCAUGCAGCUGGAGCAGCAGAUGGACCGAGUAGGCAGCCAGGACAACGUCCUCCAUCAGGGAGGGGCAGGAGCAGGGGCAGGAGCAGGAGCAGGAGCAGGAGGAGGCUACGGGGGAAUGGAGUUCCACAUGACCAAUAAGCCUCUUCAGCAUCAGCUGAUGCAACAUCGACUGCAGCAGAAAAGACAGACGUUUCAGAAACAUGGUCAGCUAAGCAGUCAGUUUCAGCAGCUUCACAUCGACCCACAGAACAUGCCGGUCAUCGACUUUGGGCAAAGUGGACCGGGUCAGUCGGGGUUACAGAGCUAUCAGUACCCCGAGAAUCUCAUCUCCCAGCCUCAUCAAGACCUCGUCACCUCAACUGGCUUCUCCUCCCCCCUCCCUCUCACAACACUUGACGUCGCUACCCCCAUGCCACAGGAAAUUCUCAACCCCAUGAUUUCCCAGCCAAACGCUUCACAAGGAUACUCCUCUCCCGAGGCUCAGUACCUGCCGUGGACUCCCCUCAAGCGAGCAGACGCGGCCAUUUUGGCUCAGCUGGAACAAGGAACGGCACUGAAAUCGAAGGAGUCCAAGUCACCUUGGAUGAGAUACCAGGAGACCUCAGAACAGGGGUCACAGCUGAGUCAUGACAACAGCAUGACCUCCAUUUCAACGGAUCCUCCUGUUUCUAAAGCAGACUUUGACCAUCUGUUCAAGGCAAUGCCUGUCCCUGCUAUUCACGAAUCGUCUAAAAUGUCCUCCUUUCACAUGCAUCGGAAUGUGAAUGAUAGCCCGGUCUACGCAAGUCCUUCUCUAAUCGGUGCAGGCACAGUUGUCGGGGAACGUGUUAACGAUGGAAUCGAACAUGCAACCCAAGCCUACUUCGGACCACUGACUGAAGAACACAUGGACUUGACCUGAUCCUCCUCUCUCAACGAAUGGUGUCUUAGUGCUAUUAUGUAUCGUCAAAGCAAGCAUGUUACGGCGUGUUUAGUCAGAUUGCAAAUCAUAUCAUAAUGUGUUGUGCUACACCCUCUACAGCAUGGCAGUUGAACAUGGUGGACGUCAAAGUGUGCUACUAGCCAUAUACGUCACCUGGAUUUUUCUGUGAAAAUGUUUCAAUAGUGGGACAACUUUGAAGCUUCUGUGCAGAAAGACAGCAAGGGAUGCUGAGGUAAUUCAGGACAAUCAUCAUCGACACAAUCACUGUUGCCUUUAGUGGUACCUAGCAUCGGAGCAGAUGCGGGAGACUGGUACUGUUGAUGCGUCACCAUGGUUACCACUGUUGAGAGAUACUAAGUCAAUGGGAUAAAGGUUCAUAAUGAAUUUCUUAGAAUCGGAGAGUAAUUUCAAUAUAAAUUUGACAUGCCAAGUUCAAAAUUAUUAUUGAGUGGUAGUCAGACAUUUUGACAUUGAGAAAAGGGCUGUUGUUGUUAAGUGUUUUUUUUGUUAUAAUGAGGUUGUUUGUUUUAAAGAGGUGAAUUGUCUCUGGAUGUGUUUCUAGUAAGCAGGCUGAGACCAGGUUGUUGGUUAAACACCGACACUCUUUCCACAGACCACACAGACUGCAGGUGGAUACCAGGGAUUAUUUAAGCUGACAGGUCCAUAUUCAGGCCCCCAAGGCUCCAACAAAUAGCAGUCAAAAUUCCUAAAUUUGAAUUUCAAAUUUUCGGAUUCAUAUCAUUAUAGAUACAACCUUUUACGAGGCCUUGAGGAGGUAACUUGCAUUUCACUGAUACAACAGGAGGAUUUGAUACCUGGUUCCACAUUAUUGCCUAAUGCAAUGAUAAAUGCAAUGUUUAAUCUCUCAAUGUAGGAAAAUAAGUUUUAAAAGUCCCUAUUUUGAACAAAAUAUUUUUGUUCUCCAAAUUUGCCUGCCAUGGUCACUUUUUGAGUCCAAGAUAAAUUCCUGUUUCUGGUAAUGAAGACGAUUCACUUGAAGACAAAUCACCUUAUAGUUGUAGAACAGCAUUUCACGUACAUAUUGCAUAGCCCACUGUGCAAGCCUCUCAUCAGAUGAGGGGAUGGACGAAGAGGACCAGGUGGUGUUGAGAUCGGGCAAUGAAACUAGACGGGGAUGCCUUGCACUCCUGCCUUCCACAGCUGGGGGGAGUACAAAUACAAGUAGGAGUAAAGCUACUGUGUCAUUUAUUUGUCAUUGACAUUAUUGUCGUAUCUUUGUGAUAAUUGUUGCCAUGAUGAAAGUUGUAAAUCACAAUGUGAACACUUCAGCUUGGCUGUGGACCAGGGGAGAUAACUCUUCAUGUUUUAGUAAACAGAUACUCCUGGGCCACUGAUUUGUCACGAUGUCCUACUUAUUCGAGUCGUCGAUAUUCAUCUGAAGUGUAUAUUUAAUUUAGAAGCUAAAAAAACUCUGGCCAAAAUAAAAUUCUAUGUGUUCGUUAGAAAAUUUGAAUCAAACGUUGCUGUGGACAUGUUUGGACUGACCUUGACCUUGUGUGAGCUGGUUCGCCGGUUGAUGGAGACUCCUCAUGAAGGGCUGAAUCCUGCAGGUUCGGGAUGGCUAUCUCAUUCUCUCAUCAAUAUUCUUUCUUCAUUUUCACAUUCGAUUUUCACUGUACCUGGUCAUAUACGCUUGGUCAUGGAAAAGUUGAGAAUAUUUUCACCUUGGAUUUUCUAUAUCUGGUCACGGUAGGGUUGGGGACGGGUUCACCUGAGAAUUUCUAUAUCUGGUCAAGGUAGAGUAGGGGAUGUGUUCACCUGAGAUUUUCUAUAUCUGGUCAAGGUAGGGUCGGGACAUGUUCACCUGAUAUUUUCUAUAUCUGGUCAAGGUAGAGUAGGGGAUGUGUUCACCUGAGAAUUUCUGUAUCUGGUCAAGGUAGGGUCGGGGACGGGUUCACCUGAGAAUUUCUAUAUCUGGUCAAGGUAGGGUCGGGGACAUGUUCACCUGAGAUUUUCUAUAUCUGGUCAAGGUAGGGUCGGGGACAUGUUCACCUGAGAUUUUCUAUAUCUGGUCAAGGUAGGGUCGGGGACGGGUUCACCUGAGAAUUUCUAUAUCUGGUCAAGGUAGGGUCGGGGACGGGUUCACCUGAGAAUUUCUAUAUCUGGUCAUGCUCAGAUGGAAUAUUUUCAUCCCGGGAAUCGGUUGAUCCUGUUAGGGAAAAGUUUCUAUUUUCCUAUUACAUAUAAUGCCCCCUUGUUGAUUGUGUCCACCAGAAAGACCUGCGUACCCGGGACAAUCCUCUGUGAACGUGAAUAAAGAAGUUCAAGUGCUCAGUCACUAAAGUACUCACGGAAAUGAAAAAAACCUGUUUUUCACAAUUUAAAAAUCGACACAAAGUGUUACGUAGCUGUAAAUACGAAAUAACAAAACAACUCGAAAAGUACUAGUCUGGAUUUGCUAG